AUGCCAGCCAAGUCUCUCCUGGAGAUUGCCACAGCGGCAUGCAUCAAGAACAUUCGCGAACUCGACAGCGUCGGCGACUAUCUCCUCUACAAAACCAUCCGUCCUCUGCUUCUCAAAAUCGAUAAUCCCAAACAACUACGUACUAUCGAGAUUAACUCCCCGCAAAUCCAAGGCGAGACGGGCGAGAUAUGGCUCAAGAUAAUCAAGCACGAAUUCCCAAUGGAAUUCAAGCAGAAGGCAUACAAGCCCCCAAACGCGACGAAAUGGUACCGCGUCUACGAAAAGUACAAAUCAGACCAUCAGAAAGCCCUCGAUGAAAGUGAGGCUAAGCUCAAGAGCGCCUUUAUGGGGAUCAAGAAGGAUAGAGAGAAGACCAUCACCAAGAUUGUUGACGACAGGAGGCUGCUCCCGCAGGGAGGGAGAGUCGGACCAAAGAAACCUUGGGGAUUCGGAGCGCGAGACCCCAAUGGCAGCACACUGGCGUUUACAAGGGGUAGUCGCACAAAGACAAACAACGGCGCAAGCGUAAUGCGCAAGGUGCGAAGGGAGACAAAGGAAAUUGCCAGCAUCCAUGGCUCAUUGUCGAGACCGACCCAGUCAUCCAAUGCUAUCUCAAAGAUUCGAAAGGCACCUCCCGCUAUGGUCAAUGACUACCAGAGAGCGUCUCAACCAGCGAUCCGGCCGCCUCCACCAAAACCAACACCUUCUGAGGUAGUUGAAGCUCACGAGGAACGAGCGCAAUACAUCACAGACUCAGACUCGGAUGGUGGCGGUGGAGACGAUUUGUUUGAUGACGAUCCAUCACCUCCUCGACAGACAUCUGCUCGCCCUUCAUCAUCUACUCUCAAGCGGCCAUCACCUAGUCCAAGUAAGCCGGUGGCCAAGGCCAAGCGAGGUCUGCUAUCCAAUAGUUAUAAGGGCCCCAAGCCUCAAGCCGCUGCAGCACCUUCACAACCUCGAUCUUCGCGGCCAGUCAAGGAGGAAAGAAGAUCUCCUAUCCCUGAGCGGGAAGUUUUGUCCCCUUCACCUGAGGCUGGCCCAUCCUCUUCGCCCCCACCAGCUGCUCGACUGCCUCCUGCUGUCAACCCACGCAAGCGUAAGGGUACUGAUAUCUUCAUGAAGCCCAAAAGAAGAGCCUAA